AUGGAGAAACGUGUUGAAAAAGGUAAAUGGUGCUCUCGAAAAGAAUACCCAAUCACGAUGGAUUUCUAUAGAAGAAAACAUAUCAGAUUGGCCAAACGUGGCUAUAAAAGAAAAGAAUUUGAUUUUAUUGAUCAUCCAGCAAGAAGAUUUUUAGGUGGUGGUGUCGGACCGCUUUCCAUAACUGAAGAAUAUCGGCCUCUCCUGGUUAAUCUUUCUGUAAUUGCUUUGAAAAAGUACAAUGAUGACAACAAAGAAAAGGAGUUUGUGUUUGAAGACCUUGUGAAGUCAACUUAUGGAGUUUGUGCUGGGGGAAUGUAUUAUAUUACCUUCAAAGCAAAAGCAAAAGAAGAAGAUGGUUCCAACACUCCUUCUAUAACUUUCCAGGGCAAAGUCUGGAAGAGGUUGAAUGGGCCGCCUGAGAUUAUGGCUAGUAUUAUUAUAAAUGGUUUUGCGUUGCAUAAACUUCAUAAGCCGAAAUGUGUUUCGGCGUAUCAUGAGAAUUUGUCGUAA